AGUUGGCAGCCCUGACCUGCCCGCCGGUACACACUCGCGGCGCUGUGUUUUGAUGCGGUCUAUGGGUUAUUUGUUGCUCUUCUUCAUGAAUGUCCCUGUUUUAAAUUGUUUUUGAUCGUCUUGGCGGUCUUUACCAUAUUUGAGACGAAAAAUAAUUGAAUCGUAACAUCGUUAUCAUGUCUGUCCCAGCGCCUAAUCCAGAAGACUGUCCGGCAUUGCAAUUCAAGAUAUUAUGUCGCCUCCGAAUUUUUACUGGCCAACCAGGGCUCUUUACAAACUCAACAAAUUUGGUUGCUACUUCACCCCUGUACGGUCUUAUUUUUGUUGGAACCCCAAGCGGCUUUCAAGUCUUACAGUCAAACAUAAUUGGUGGAAUUCAGGUUCCAAAGGGUGAAGUAUCUGAAUUUCCGCGCCGAGAAAUUCAGCUGGGCUGCACUCCUUCACAUUUGAGUAUUAGUUGUGAUCAAACACAAUUAGCUGUGGCAUUUGUCAAAGAUGAAUGUCCAUCAGCCAUCAUUUACAAUGUGUCCUCUUUCUGUAGCAGGAAUGUUACUAUUACAACAAGCAUACGCCUUGCCUCCUCUCCAGGAAGCAAAGUUUUAGAUCUUCAUUUCAAUCCGGGACUUCCCAACUUUCUUGCUGCUUGUACAUCUGAUGGGGGAGUUGGCGUAUAUGAACUAAAAGGGGGGUCUUUUGAUGUAAGCACCUUACCUGCUGCUGUUCAUGCUACCUGUUUGUGCUGGAGCCCUAAAGGGAAGCAACUAGUUAUAGGGGAUAGUAAAGGUUACAUAUCACAGUACAAGCCAGACUUGAAGAUUGUCAAACAAUAUCCACCUCCUCAAGAUAAACCUGCUUCUUCUAUUGUAAACUUACUGUGGAUAUCAAAUUAUCAAUUUGCUGGAGUGUAUGCAGAUACAGCUAAUCCUUCAGAGAGACCUGCUAUUAUGAUAGUGAAUGUCCCCAAAAAUGGACCAACAUCCUACGUUAAUUUUGAAGAUAUUUGUUACAGUGCAGGGGAACUGAGAUCUCCUCAGUUUUAUAUGGUUAUUCAAGCUAAAUGGAAUUUGAUGAUGGUUGCAUCAGCAAACAGUAUGGAGGUUGGGGUUUUAGCAAUGGGACAGGACCAAGUGUCAUGGGUGCAGUGGACACAGGAAGAUGCAGCAAGAGCUGAGCUCCCUCUCACACCAUUAAAGCAAGAGACAUACCCGGUUGGUUUAGCUCUUGACACAAGCUCUACUCAACAACUGCGAUGGGGCGAAGGCAGUCUUCAUCCAAUGCCAAUGCUUCACAUUUUGUCACAUGAUGGAGUCUUAUGUAUAUUCCAUGUGAUCAACAUUCUUCCUCAGGCUGUUUGUGUUUGUGAACCUCCAAGACCACUUCCUGACAUGAGUGGACUUGACCAAUUUGUGGUAGGACCACCAUCCCAGCCAUCACAACCUGUGCAGCAGACACAACAGCAACCACCACCACUGCAAGCUUCUCAGCCACAGCCUGCUGCACAAAUAUCUAGUCAACAGGCUAAUUAUUUCCAACCUACUCAACAAACAACUGCACCUCAGUCAUCUGGAUAUUUUCAACCAGCUUCUGUGCAAACUAGCCAAUCCUCCCAUCAGGCAAAUCCACUUGCUCAACUAGCAUCAUUUAGUAGCCAGUUCCAACAGGUACCUCAAGCCAAAGCCGGUGGAUAUGGUGGAAUGUCACUCGGUGGACUUGGAAUGAAUAGCUCUCAAACUCAAUCAACAUUUUCCUUGACAAGUUCUGCAGCAGCACCCAACCCUAGCUCUACCUCUAGCUUUUCUCAAGCACCUGCAACAGGUGCUGCAAUAGCUCCAAAGACAUCUUCAAGCUCCUUUAUUUCAAGCUCAUCCCAAUCAUCUCAACCAUCAACACCAGUUCCAUCUUAUUCCACAUCCCAACCAAUUACUCCUCAACCAGCUGCUCUCCCUGAAGUCACACCGCGUCCUUCAAUAGUUGUCCCUGUGCCAACAGUCCAAAAUAUUGCAACAUCUACUGCACCCCGCCCUCAAGAAAGCAAACCCGCUGCAGCUGAAGUUCCUGAAGAGAAGACAGAAACGGUUGACCCAGCUAUGUACGUUGAGCAUAUUCAAGAAGAAAUAAGAGUGUUUGAUAAUGAACUGGGCAAGCUUAAAAGCCUAGUCAAUCAGAGUUUACCUCCAAUAGGCACAGAUGAAGAGAAGAAAAAACUUUUGAGAAUGUCAGAAGAUUUAGAUAGCUUCAUCAAAGAACUAAGUAAAAGUGUUGAUGAUCUGAAACAUGAUAGCCAUGAUGUGAAGUCUAUUGGAAUGGAAGCUUCAUUGUGGGUGGAAGAUGCGAAGUCUCGCCUUCGACAAUUUAAUAAGCCUAGCUACUUACAGCUUGUUAAGUCCCAGGAGUUGGAUCCUGUCAGUGCAAGAGCCUUGUUUAAUAUCAAGCAGAAAUUUGACUAUGUUGAAAUUCAACUUGCUAAUAUAAACCAACAGCUAACUGCUGAAUGGAGCAAGUUUCAGGAAGUUAGAUCUCCAAGAAACAGAUUAUAUGUGCCCACUAUGGAUGAAAUUUACCAAACAAUGGUGAAACAGAAAAACAUUAUGCAUAGGUUGAAAAUAAUCUUAGAUGAUGUUUCACAAAGAAUAGCAGCUCGCAAAAUUAAAAGUUCUAAUCGACUUCAUUUGAUCAAUGAUUCUGCACUGUCUAAAAAAACAACUUCAAGACGUCUCCAGCUGAAUGACAAUGACACCAGUUUCAAAUCAGAUACUGAUCUUUUUAGUUUGGCUGAAAAUUUAUUGGAGUCUCAACUCAAGAAACAGCAGUCAGAUGACUCAGAUUUAGAGUCCUUAGCAUCUAGAGCAUUGAAUCUUAAUAUGAACAAACUACCACCUGCUUUGUGCUCUCAAAAGUCACUAAGCGCUAAAAAGGAAGAUAAACUUCGCGAACUACUCCUUCAGAUUCCAAUGACACGUAUAAAAGCAGACCGCACUCCUUCUGAAAUGGGAUCAUUAGGAAACAGGCCCUGUGUCAAAUUUUCAUCCUCAGUUUUGUCUUUAUCUCCAAGAAAACCGAUAGCAAAGACUGAUAAAUUGCCAACAAGCCCUGCUGCACCACCGGUAGCCUCAGCAGCAGCAGCAACAACUACAGGAGCAACAGCAUCAACCAAAAUAGCGUCAUCAUCGACUUUUGCUUCUUUCUCAAGCAACACUGUUGCACCACCUGCAACAUCAUUUUCAGCACCUGGAAUUGGUCUGUUUUCUCAGGGUUCUAAGGCCACUACCUCUGUUGCAGUACCUAGUUCUGGGCCUCCCUCCAAACCAUUCAGUGCCUUUAGCCCUACUCCCUCGAGCUUCAGUUCUGCUCCCCUCUUUGGCGCUCAGACCAAAGCCACUACUGCCACAAACGAGUCCAAGGGUGUGACCACUUCCUCUAGCACAAAAUCAAGUACUACUACACCAGCUCAAUCUUCCACCAGUGCAGCAGUCAUAGGCUCAGGACAGCUAUCAUCUGGGUUUAAGUUUUCAGUUCCUGCCAGUGCCGCAGAAACUCAAAGCAAAGAUGCUGCAAAGGACCUAUCCAAGCCCUCAUCCACUGUUGCAAGCAAACCAGUAAUCUCAUUUGGGCAAGCAGCAAGUGGUGCGUUUUCGUUUGGGGCCCCAUCCACGCCCAAAGCAGCCGCUACGCCACCUGCUCCGGCUCCAGCACCUGCUCCAGCUUCUGCUCCAGCUCCUGCUCCUGCUCAAGCUCCAGCCCCAGCUCCUGCUCCCAAGAGUAGUGACUCUCUCUCUGCUCUCAGCGCCAUGGUGAGCAACGCAGGCGCAGGGGUCACUCCACCCCCUAAAGUGUUGGCCGAAGUGAGGCCGACAGCUGCGUCAGCCUUCUCAUUCAGCACUAUGGCGAAGCCGAUUGCUACCCUCUCAUCUCAACCAUCUUCCGUCCCGGGCUCACCCAGACCACCAGCGCCCAGCUCACCCGUGAUCGUCAUUGGCGGCUCUUCGUCACCCAAACCAGGAUUGCUGCCCACACCGAGCGUCACUUCGCUGCAGAGCCUGCUCGGCAGCUCCGUGACCAUUACCCCGGUCGCCGCCGGCAGCACUGCCCCAGCUCCUGCUGCGGCCCCCGAGCCCGCCGCCACCCCCGCCAGCAGUGCCGCCCCAACAGCGGACAGCACCACGGCAUCGACGACCUCCUUCUUCGGCGGCAUGGGCAUCGGAGGGGCGCCGGUGGCCACCAACAAGCCUGCCUCGAGCAUCUUUGGCGGCGCUGGCACCAGCUUCCAGGCUGGCAAGAUUACAUCUCUGUUCGGAUCCCCGUCCGCCUCCAGCGCCUCAACCACUACUGGUGCCUCUCUGUUUGGAUCGGCGUCGUCCCCGGCGACCUCCACCACGCCCCCAACCACGGCGGCGACGUUCGGGUUCGGGUCCUUGUCGACGUCGUUAACCUCUGCUGCCGCCUCCCCACCGGCGCCUCAGGCCACGAGCUCCCCCGUGACCAGUCCCCCUGCUCUGACGACCGCCACCUCCGCGCCCGCGGUUCCGGCGCCGGCGACCGCUGCCGCCGCCACUACCACCACGACGAUCUCGUCAAGCACCCCAGCCGCACCAGCCUUCGGCGGCGCGCCCGUGUUCGGGCAGACCUCCCUCUUCGGCACGGCGGCGGCCACCACCUCCACUUCGACCCCGGCUGCCGUGACAGCCUCCGCCGCCGCAGCGACCACCACCACGGCCUCGCUGUUCGGGGGCGCGACUCCCGCGAGCUCCACGACGUCUCUCUUCGGAGGCGCCGCGGCCGCUGCGGCCGCCGCCGUGAGCUCGGCCGCGAGCGUCGCCGCUUCCUCCGUGUUCGGCGGCGCGGCCACCACCACCACCUCCCUCUUUGGAGGCGCCCCCGCGGUCAGCAGCUCGGCGACCUCGCUGUUCGGCGGGGCGGCCACCACCACGGCCUCGCUCUUUGGGGGCGCCCCGGCCGUCAGCUCCGCUGCCAGCGGCACGGCGGCCAGCACGGGGUCCGGCUUCUCCUUCGCCCUGCCCUCCAUCUCGGCCACCACGACGGCCGCAUCCACUGCGGCCACGUCGACCACCCCGAAGCCCUUCAGCUUCGCCAUGUCUGGGGCCACCACGGCGGCCGGCUCCUUGUUCGGCGGCGGCGCGGCGGCGGGCGGCUCGGUGUUCGGCCAGGCUGCGACCACGGCCACGACCCAGGCCUCCUUCUUCGGGCAGCCCAUAUGCAGCCCCACGUCUACAGCCUCCUCCACGCCGGCAGCGGGCAGCUUAUUCGGCGGCGGAGGCGCAACUGUGUCAAGCUCGGCCUUUGGCACCUCCAGCACUGCCACCCAGCCUCUCUUCGGCCAAAGUGCAACACCUUCUGCCUUCGGGGCCAAACCCAGUUUUGGUCAGUCUGGAGGCUCAUUGUUUGGCCAGAGCGGCACUUCAGCAUUUGGCUCAUCAUCAGGAUCCGUCUUUGGUGGCGGUUCUUCUACUGGGGGCAGCAUAUUUGGGGGUGGUACUGCUGCUUCACCACCCAGUGGUAAUUUGUUUGGACAAGCCGCUGCCAGCUCAGGAGGCUUGUUUGGCCAGGCAGCCGCCUCCCCCAGCAGUGGUGCAUUCUCUGGUGGUGCGGGUGGAACAGUAGAGCAGACUGGAUUUGGAUCCCCUUCUUUCCAGAGUCGGCCAACUGCAGGAGGAUUUGGCUCAUUUAGCUCACCUUCAACAGGUGGUUUUGGGUCUGCUCCUGCCUUUGGCUCUCCUCCAGCAUUUGGAUCGGCACCAUCAUUUGGUGGAGCACCAGCAUUUGGCAGUCCUACCAGAGUCUUUGGUGGCCCUACUCCAGCUCCAGGAUUUGGAUCAGCAUCUCCCACUCAAUCAAGUUCAACUUUUGAAGCCCUAGCCACUCAGGAUUCUGGUCCAACUUUUGGUAACUUAGCUCAAGCUCCGACUGCCCAACCCACUAACCUGUUUGGUAGCCCUACGCCAUCAGCUUCAUUUAGUAACACAGGCUCAUCCUUUGGAGGAAGCUCUUUCUCAAGUUGGCGAUAGACUUAAAGAUAAGGUUUAGUCAUAAUUAUUUAUAAAUUUUACAAAGCCCUGUGUAUGAAAUUAGUUAGGGUAAAGUAAUUUACUGCCAUGUCUAGAAUCAUUACUUAAUUAAUAAACUGAUGUUACAAAUUUUA